CGCGCCCCCUCUCUCCGCCGGGCGCCUGCAAUGGGUGCAGCCCGGCCGAGAAGCGCCCCCGGCGCGCUCUUGACCACGGCGGCCUUGGCAACGGCCGGAAGGACAGUUUGCAGGAGUAUGUUGUAAAGAACUAUUUCUACUACUACUUGUUCAGGAUUUCAGCUGCAAUGGGUCAAGAGGUUUUCUACAUUACAUUCCUUCCAUUCAGUUACUGGAGCAUUAAUCCAUACAUUGCUAGAAGGCUGGUCAUCAUGUGGUGUGUGGUUAUGUACAUCGGCCAAGUCUCAAAGGACCUUCUGAAGUGGCCUCGGCCUUAUUCACCACCUGUUGUCAAGCUAGAAACAAGGACAAAUGCAGAAUAUGGAAUGCCUUCCACGCAUGCAAUGGCAGCGACCGCCAUAUCUUUCACCUUUGUUGCUGCAGCUGCAAACCAGUAUAAGUAUCCAGUUGUGGUAGGGCUGAUGGGAGCCUCUUUAUUUUCAAUUCUGGUAUGCCUCAGCAGAAUUUACACAGGCAUGCACACAGUGCUGGAUGUGAUUGUUGGCAGUCUGAUGUCGGCACUAUUAACUGCUCUUGUGUACCCUGCUUGGGAUGUCCUUGAUCAACUGCUGCUAACCAACUGCUUGUGUCCUGUGUUCUGCAUUGCUGUGCCCCUCCUCUUAUGCUACAACUACCCCAAAUUAGAUUUCUACAGCCCAACUAGAGCAGACACCACCACAAUUUUAGGGGCUGGAGCUGGAUCAGUUAUAGGUUUUUGGAUAAAUAACCACUACAUCUCAAACACUUUGACUGGAGCUGUUUCACCCAGUGUUCCUUUGAUCACCAUUGAAAUACUCUUGACGGGGCUUGCAAAGUUUUUGGUGGGAAUUGCUGUGCUAGUGGUUACACGGCAGAUCGUCAAAACUGUGGUUCUUCAAUCACUUUGUUCUUGGUACAGUGUUUCUGUGAAUGAUCCCAAAGCUAAGCAGCAAGUUGAGAUCGAAGUGCCCUAUAAAUUUGCAACUUACUGUUCCAUUGGCCUAAGUGCUACCGUGCUUGUGCCAUUACUGCAUGGCUUUUUGGGUUUGAAUUAAAUCCUGUGCAUUUCUUUUAAAGAAAUAACCCACAUUAUGGGAUGCAAUAAAAUGUAUGCAGUGGUAGUGACUUGAACCAAAAAAAAAAAUUGUUGUGCCUUUCAACAUAGAUCUAAAGCAUAGCUGAUACUGGUGGUCUAGUAUGCUGCCGUGAAAGACAGUCAGAUCUUUAGCAGCUUCUUUCCUUCCUAGAAAACUCAAGCAGCUUUUUGAGCUUCCCGAGUAUCCUAACUGUGAAAUCAAAAACUACUGUACAUCUUGUAGUAUAUGAGGGAUAAAUGGGCUAAAUGAAAAUAGUUUUUAGCCUUCACUCUUUCACUGAUGCUGGAACAUAUAUUUUGUGUUUUUCUCCUUCACCAGCCUAUUCUGUGGUUGAGUCUCAGGACCACUGAGUUUCUUAUUUGUUUAGUAAAGCAAUUCUUCUUUUCUCCAGGAAUCUGUUGUGGCCUUGAGGAGGGUAGGAACCAAGCUAGGAAUACAGUAUUCUGUUGUUUCAGAAAUCGGCCUCUGCUCUCCACUGACAUUGUAGCAGUGCAGUAAUGGCAGAAGUAAGAGUUUUCAGGGAAACUUGGGACUUCAAGAUGAUCUGGCCAGCGACUGGAAGAAAUAUAAUGUACUGCUUGCUGGACAGAUCCAAGCAAUGAACAGUUAUAGACUUUGCACAGAGAUAUGAAAGCCAGAUGUUUUUAAUUGCUUUGCCAACCUAGCAGUUCGAAAACAUGUAAAAAUGGGAGUAGAUAAACAGG